AUGAGCUUCUCGGGGGAUUCCCUGAGCUUGGUGAACGGAGAGCCCACCCUGACGGUCAGGCCUAACCCCACCGCCAAUAGCAGAGCAGCCCUAGGUGGAAGUGGGUUGCCUGUGCCUGGCACUGGGAGCGGCAGAGGCGGCCGCCGCUGUGGAAGUAGCGCCCGCAGUGCCGAGCUCCUGUGCCUGGGAGGACGCGGGCACUGGGCGACCCGCAGUCGGGGCUGCCCCCAGGCAGGGCUCCCUGGCUUUCUCACAGCGCGGCUCGCGGGAAACGACGCUGCCCCAUGGCACAGUGAAGUAAGGCGAUGGCUGUUCUCAGCCAGAGGCCGGGCUGGGGGAGGGGGCCAGAGAUGCCCCGGGAGCCCCUGGACCCUCUGGAGGGUCGGGUGGGGGAGGGGAGAUCUCUGUCUUGACCACACACUUGUAACCCGUUCUUGGCACACCGGGAUACCUUGCCUGCAGGUAGUGCUCUGCUCUCGGGGAGAGGGCACAACGUCUAAUCCUCUGACCGAGGCUCUCUGCCUCUCACAAGAAGCCCCCAACACACUGGUUUUCCUCACAGCCUGCCCCAACUGCUCAUCGGAACCUGGAGCCCCCUUCCCUGCCCCAACUGUCCCUCCGCAGACCCUAUUACCCUACUUUCUAUCGAGCCCAAUUGCCCUAUCCUUUAUACAGGCUGUCGGGGGCAAUGGUGGUGAGCAUGGGCUGUGGAGUCAGAUUGCCUGGGUUCAAAUCCUGGCUCUGCCAUCUUUUGACUGUGUGACCUUGGGCCAGUUUCUUUAUUUCUCUGCCUCAGUUUUCUCAUCUGUAAAAUUGACAGAAUGA